AUGCCCGAAGUAGAUACGGCUAAAGUAGUGGAUUGGAGAGACCCAUCGUAUCUUAACUUUAUCGAAAAGAUGUACAAUAAACGUGCUCAGGACUUGGAUUUGUCUAUGGAAGAGUUGUUGUCGUUCAACGAUGGCAUGGUACAUUAUGUACAAACGUAUUUUAGAAAGUGUCGAAAUGAAAGUGCCAAGAGGUAUCCAGAACAAAGGUUCUACGAUGAGUACUUCUAUUCCUGUAGUAUUGAUGUGAGUACAGAUAUAAGUUUCGUUACACUCUACCGUUCUUACAGGGCAUGGGCGACAAAGAAGUAGUUGUAAUAGGCAACAGCAUGGCCAGAGAUGUGUUUAGUGGUUUUCAGCAGCUCUGGAAGAACACUUACAAACGAUUGACAAUGGUCGCAGAGCCAACUGACGUUCCGUACACAGUCGAAGACCCAAAAGUGGGUAACAAAUUUGUAAAUUUGCUCACAGAAUGGGACCGACCUAUUGAUAUUCUGAUAGUACAGUUUGCGUACUUUGAAAUACCGGUAGAGAAUAGGAAUGACAAGAUGAGAGACGAAAUUCACGUGUUUUUCAACCAACUUCAGAGAUUAGUCAAAGAGGUUGUAAUGGUUGGAGCGCCUGAGGUGUGGCAGGAAACCACCAAACAAAAAAUGUUGAAAAUCAUCGAAAAUAAGGAAGAUUAUGACAAAGUCAACAUUGAGUGGGCUGUGAGUUCUUGAAAUUUCCAAACGCAAUAACUUUUGUGACGUUUCCCAAGUUUUUCAAAAAUCAAUAAUUUUUGUGACACUUCGCAACUAUUUGCAAAAAUCAAUAAUUUUUGACAUUUUGCAACAUUUUUAAAAAAAUCAAAGACUUGUUUAUAAUUUUACAAAUUCUUUGGAAAAUCAAUAAUUUUUGUGACAUUUUGUCCUGCCAUAUCUCAUAAAGAGAUUUUAGCCCCACAUAGCCACUAAUGCCAAAAUGCGUAAAAUGGUCGAAAAUUUGCCAUGUGACAAAUGCGUUACGGUCGAUUUUGUACGAUCAAUUUGUUCACGAAUAACUGGAAAGUGUUAUGGCAUUCUCCCGAACGGUAUUAUGGUAUUCAGGGAUCUUAUUCAUACGACAUUAGUUAUCAACCUAAUGUAUGCUCAGGAAUUCAUUGAAGUUUAUAAUAAUAAAUUUAUUGGUUGA